UAUUUCCCAGUUUAUUUUAAGUCUUUUCUUUUAUAUUGUAUGAGCGGUGCUUUCACUAAAUCCACUUUUAUUUAAGUAAAUGAUUAGGGGAGCUAAGUGAAACUGGGUGCAAAACUAAUAUACAUAUUGAUGUGUGGUCACAUAUACAAUAUAGGUUCAAUGAAGAUUUAUUAAUCAUUUAUAUGAAGCUUUCAAUUUACAUUCAAUAAGAAGUCUUAUUAUGUACUUCGAUAGUGUAAAUAGCAGCGUUCUUGACUAUAACUAUUGAAAUUGAGAAAUAUUUACCAAGUUAUUGAAAGAAACAAAUCAAGAAGUUAAAGCAGGUUCUGUACACAAUUACAAUGAGCUACCAAAUAUUAAUGCUGGUGAUAUUAGGAAGCUUGUAUGCUACAGCUUCUCCCACUUGUUCCAACCCAACAGUCACCCCAUCAAGAAAUACAUGGGCACUUGAUUAUACUGGGCAGUUGUACUCAGGAUAUUUCUGUGUGACUGGAUCACCAAAGACUCUUGCAUGGUCUUUCCUAGAUUUAUCAGGGACAACUCUUGCUUUUUUUACAUUUACAACAAACUUUGGCUCAAACCCAUGUCAACCAGCCACCCCUGUACCAGGUUACAAUGCAACUUGCCAAUACAAGGGUAGUUGCUACACAACAACGUUCAGUGUUACCAACAAAUUAACUUCUUCUUUCAAUCAAUCAACGUUGUAUCUAAUUCACAGUGGUUCAAGUUGCUUUGCUCAGAAUAUUUCACUUCAAGCAUGUUCAUCUCCAACACCCAACAAUGUUCCAAUCAACCCAUCAAGUGGUGUCUACAACACUCAAGCUAACUUCCAGUGUUCCCAUGGUUUAAGUUUAUUUUAUUUAAAUGGAACAACUGGAAACACUGCAACCAAAUGUUUUGCUACAUCAGAGUGGGAGAAUGAAAAUAUAGUUCAAUGUUGGUCAGCACCAACUGCUACAUUGAUUGGCAACAAUACCAUUUGUGCUGGAAACAUUGCUACAUUCCAAUGUACUGCAUCUGGGGGUGUACCUUCUUGGGACAGAGUUGAAGUUUAUUUCAAUAACCAAAACCAAACGUUGGUUGGGAACACAUGGACAAGCAAUCCACUGAGUAGUUCAAACAAUGGAGAUAUAGUGGAAUGUAGAGCUAUAAAUAGCUACACUGCCAUGCAGGAAUAUUCAAACCUGGGAAGAGACAGCAAGACAUUGAUUAUACACUAUGCAGCAACGAAUCCAAAGUUUGAAACCAAAUUCACGGAUCUGUUGAUCAAUUUAAGCAGUGGUUACCUGCUUAGAUCAGAUGAGACGUUGACCAUGAAUUGCUCAGCUGAUGGAAACCCUGCUGUAACUUGUACCUGGACUUGUUCUCCUUCAAAUUGUGGUAGUUUACCAAACACUUGUGAGAUCAACAAUGUAAAUGUUAUUAAUUCCACAACCAUCACAUGUACGGUUGGUAAUGGUGUUUGUGGAGGUGGUACUACCAGUAUUACUCAACACAUAACAGUGGUACCUAAAACUAGAGAUCCAUAUAUAGUGGUCGAUGGAACAACAACAACAGCUACUUCUAUUACAAGAAACAAAACAGAAAGUUUAAGUUUAGCCUGUGGGAUUGUCAACCAGAAAGAAAUGAACACGUUAAUAGUUUGGAAGAAAGAUGGAAUUAUAAACUUCGGAUCAGAUAUUGUGACCAUAAACAAUCUAUCCCCAGAAGAUACAGGAUCAUAUUCUUGUCACACAAGCGAUGCUUUUGGAAAUUUUUCAUCAUCUUUAUACAUUGAUGUAUAUUAUGCAGCUGAAGGAUUUGCAGUGAAUGAUGGUACAACUAGCCACAGUAACAUAUGUACAUGGUAUAUUGCCCCACCUGGUCCAAGAUCAUGUACCAUCACAUUCUCACUUAACCCAACUACUUAUACAACCACUUUAACAAAGGAUGGAGCCAUGGUAACGAAUGAUGCAACUAAUCAGCCGCAAACAUCAACAUCACAAAGUUUUGUUUUUACUCGAAACCAGCCGUCAUUCAAUGAUAGUGGGAAUUAUACAUUAAGAAUCAACAAUGGAAUAUUUGAAAAUACUUUUAUAUUCUAUAUAUCAGCGAUAAAUGAAGGGCAACCUACAACAACAAUAACACCCGCAACUGGUGGUACUCCACCACCCAUCCCACCACCAGAUAACUUGGGUGUUAUAAUCGGAGCUGCCGUUGGUGGGGUGGUGGCUUUUUUAUUGAUCAUUAUUCUUGCGGUUUAUUGUUUAAAGAUGCAAAUUAAUAAAAUACACCAAGAUAAAGAAGUUACAGGAAGAAGCAACAUUGGAAUGGAAGCAGAGCAUGGUUACUAUGAAGUUGCUAAUCUAUCAGCUUAUCAGAACGAACACGUAACUAAUAACAUUCCUGCAACACAAUCAACGAAUUAUGAAAAUCUAAAGGAUAAUGUCAAUGUAACAAGAGAUGAGCGAGGUUAUGUUGAUAUACAAAGUGUGGGGCCAAGCAUUGUAACAACAUCAAACGAUGGAUACGAAGUUUUUAUCAGAAGAAACAACGAGAAUACAGCGGGCAAUCAACAGAACGAAAGUCAAUACGAACAUGUGGCUUAAAAGUCUUGUACUAUAGGAGCUAGGUCGUUCUUUAUUAAGAAA